AUGUCAGCAAUGGGCUUUGAUCGACGCGAAAAUCUCUACGCCUACCUCAGCAACACCGCCAUCGGACAAAUUGUGCUCAUCUGCGCCGGUGCACUUCCCGGCUACUGGCUCACCGUCUUCACUGUCGAUGCUAUCGGCCGUAAAAGGAUCCAAAUCGGCGGCUUCACCAUCCUCACCAUCAUCUUCUGCGUCCUUGGAUUCGCCUGGCAGGGCCUGACCAAAACUCAUCUGCUCGUCCUCUACGUCCUCGCGCAGUUCUUCUUCAAUUUCGGUCCAAAUGCAACGACAUUCAUCACGCCUGCAGAAAUAUUCCCAACAAGGGUGCGUUCUACAGGCCAUGGCUUCAGUGCAGGAAUGGGUAAGCUGGGCGCAGUAUUGGCGCAGAUCUUCUUCACACCGAUGAUCAAGAGGGGCGCGACGCAUGAUAAUCCCACGCCUUGGAUCCACGGGGUGAUGCAAAUCUUUGCGCUUUCCAUGUUUUUGGGCAUGUUGACGAGUUUCUUGGUGCCGGAAUCGAAGAGGGCAAGGUUGGAAGAGUUGGCCGGGGAGAAGGACGAUGUGUAUGAGUUGCAGGUGAAUAGUUGGAGGACCAGAGCAGUUGCUAGGGUGAGCGAGGAGAUCGAAACGCCUAGUGCGAUUGCGGUUGCGAGAAGAGUGAGUGGAAGUGAAAGAAGUGGAGAUGGGCAUUCGGAGAGGAGAUGGAGGGAUGGGUAUGAAGAGAAGAAAUGGUGGAAGGUACGUCUGACGGUGGUGUGA